UUUAAAGAUAAAUCGUCGUAUCAUCCCCAUUCUAAUCCCUCCCCAAAGAUACUUUCAGAGCACACGUUUUCAAUGUGUAUAUUUGUAUAAUGAUAUCGACAUAUAAUGAGCUAAAAGUCAGGUAUUAGUGACUGCCAUGGUAUCAGUAUAAACUUGAACAGCAGAGACACAACAAAAAAAGCUUUCAAAAUUAAAAUGGCUGCCCCAGUUCUGACUCCACAACAGCAGCAGGCAAGUUUAAGAGCAAAUAUGCCUAAACCAGCCAAAUCUGCGAAGCCAGAAAAACCCAAGAAAGUUGUAAUAAAACAUGUUCUAAUGAAUCCAUAUAGCAACACUACAUGGCCUUCCUUAGAAAAUGAAGUAGAAGUUAGUUUGAUAGAGAAAUUAGCAACAAGUUUUGAAAAAUUUGCAAUGCCAAAGGAAAAAGCUGGAUUGAAAAGAAAACAUCAGGUAAAUAAAGAAGUUCAAAAAACUAAAAAGAAGCUUAGAUCACUGGUUGUCUUUGGUGUAAACUGUGUUACAAAAUCUCUAGAGAAAGACGGCUUGCAAUUAGUGAUUACUUGUAAAUCUGCUAAUCCACCGAUUCUCACUCAACAUUUGAUUGGUUUGUCUAAAACUCGAAAAUGUGUAGCAGUUUGCAUCAACAAUCUAAGUAAAACUUUGUCCGAUACAAUAAAUAUUGGAUCUGUUGCUAUUGGGUUUUUAAAAACGGAUGAUGCUUGUGAAGCAGAACUAAACUUUAAAGAAUUAAUAGACUAUGUAAGAAGUGUUGUUCCAAAAGCCUGGACAGAAAACAAGAAGAAAGAAAAAGUGAUUAGAAAAGAUCCUGGUUCAAAAAAAGGAAAGAAAAUUGUUGAAUCAAAGGGAGAUAAUAGAAUUGAAUCUAUUUCAAAGGGAGAUAAUCCUAUAAUUAUUGAAUCUGGUUCAGGAACUGACAGUUGUAAACAGGAGAUAGAGGGAGAUACAAAUAUUAUGGAAACAUCAUUAUCAUCAUCUUCAAACAAAAUAAAACCAGCAUGUCCAUUAGUGGAACAACCAGCUGUAUCGAAUUCUAGUGUUCAGGAUUAUUCAAGAUUUUAUGUUUAUAAAAAGGAUGUAAAGGCAAAUACUCCAUCUUUUGGGGAUGAUUUUAUAGCAUUCAUGUCAGAUUCUGAUGUUCAAAGUAAUUCUGAAGAAGAUGAAGUUAGAGAGAAAACUAAAAAGUUUAAAAACGUAGAAGCUGAUGAAUACACUGAAAUUGAUGUUAGAAGGAUGAAACAAAAUGAAAAUAAAAAGAAAAGUAAGAAAAAAAUAAAGAAAGCCCUGAAGAAACAAAAUAAAUGAUUUCUAAAAUUGUGAAUGAUUUUUUUGUUUU